GCCCCAGAAAGGACCACCACAGUUCAAAGCGUCGCUCGUCGUUCGUCGCUCGUCGCUCAAGGAGCUGCAGGAAAUUAUGGCGACCUUCGCACGUCCUGUGGCCUCCGCCAUCUCGGGGGUUGACUUUGGGGUCUACAACGAUGCGGACAUCAAAGCUAUCUCUGUAAAGCGAAUCCACAAUACGCCGACGUUGGAUUCCUUCAACAAUCCGGUUCCUGGUGGAUUGUACGAUCCGGCCAUGGGAGCGUGGGGUGAUCAUGUCUGUACGACUUGUCGCUUGAACUCGUGGUCUUGUACCGGUCACCCUGGACAUAUUGAGCUUCCGGUCCAUGUUUACAAUGUUACGCAUUUCGACCAAUUGUAUCGUCUACUUCGAGCGCAAUGUGCUUACUGCCAUCGCUUCCAAAUGCCCCGAACCCAACUUAAUGUCUACACCUGCAAAUUGCGACUGCUGCAAUAUGGAUUGGUUGACGAAGCAGCUGUUAUCGACUCUUUGGGCAAAAAGAAAGACAAGAAGCAGGGAAAGGAUGACGACGGUUCCAGCAGCGAGGAUGAAGAUGAGGAUGAUCUGAUCGCGAAAAGAAACAACUACGUUCAAAAAGCCAUUCGGGAGGCCAAGGCCGCGGGUAAACUGGCCAACCUCAUGGCGGGCAUCAAGAAUCCCAUUGCUUCGGAAGAGAGACGUACUUUGGUCAAGGAGUUCUUUAGAGAUGUUGUCAGCAUUAAGAAGUGUGCCACUUGUAAAGGGUAUGUAUUGCGACAGCCCGAGCACCCCGCAUGAAUUCUUUCCAGGCUUGUCAGCAGUUAUUGACAAACAGUCAAGAGUAUCUCCAGGAUUCCGAAGAGAUCGGUACUCGAAAAUCUUCCGAAAACCCUUGCCCGAGAAGAUGAGACUUGCUAUGGUACAGGGUGGAUUCCAGGCGCCAAACUCCCUUGUCCUCGUUCAACAAGCCAAAAAGUCCAAUUUGAAAGAGAAGCAGGCUCUUGCGAACGGUACCUCGGAUAAUGUCAGCGUUACGGAGACUCAUGGAGCAGAGGAAGAAGUUGCUCGUGGGAAUGCCGUCAUCUCCGAGGAUGAAAGCAAGAGACAGGCCGGUGAUGGUGGGCAAUACAUGCCCUCCCCGGAGGUCCAUGCCGCGAUCACCCUGCUCUUCGAGAAAGAGGGGGAAAUUCUUAAUCUUCUUUAUAACUCUCGACCUCUAUCGAAGAAAGAAUCGCAAGUCAGCGCAGACAUGUUCUUCAUCAAGAACCUAUUGGUGCCGCCAAACAAGUAUCGCCCGGCUGCUCCCCAGGGACCCGGCGAGAUUAUGGAGGCCCAGCAGAACCAACCUUUCGGACAAAUUUUGAAGCACUGCGACUUCAUCAACCAGAUCAGCAAGGAGCGACAGACAUCGAGCGCCAACUCUUCAUUUCGUGUGCGCGACUACCGUGAUCUGCUGGCUGCCAUCGUGCAGCUUCAGGAUACGGUCAACGGUUUGAUUGACCGUGAUAGAAGCGGACUUUCGGGAGCGGCAGCCGCCGCGGCUCCGAACGGUAUCAAGCAGAUACUGGAAAAGAAGGAGGGUUUGUUCCGAAAGAACAUGAUGGGAAAGCGUGUCAACUUUGCUGCCCGAAGUGUCAUCUCUCCUGACCCUAACAUCGAAACUAAUGAGAUCGGUGUGCCGCUGGUCUUCGCGAAGAAGCUGACCUACCCUGAACCGGUGACAAACCACAACUUCUGGGAGAUGAAGCAGGCGGUUAUCAACGGCCCCGACAAAUACCCCGGUGCUAUGGCAAUCGAGAACGAGGUGGGACAGGUCACGAACCUCAAGUUCAAGAGUUUGGAUGAGCGAACCGCGUUGGCCAACCAGCUGUUGGCACCGUCGAACUGGCGCAUCAAGGGAAAUCGCAACAAGAAGGUCUACCGCCAUCUGACCACCGGCGACGUUGUCCUGAUGAAUCGUCAGCCCACGCUCCAUAAGCCUUCUAUCAUGGGUCACAAGGCGCGUGUGCUCCCCAACGAAAAGGUCAUUCGCAUGCACUACGCAAACUGUAACACCUACAACGCUGAUUUCGAUGGUGAUGAGAUGAACAUGCAUUUCCCACAGAACGAGCUUGCUCGGUCAGAGGCUAUGAUGCUUGCGGACGCGGACCACCAAUAUCUUGUUGCGACGUCUGGAAAACCCCUGCGUGGUUUGAUCCAGGAUCAUAUCUCGAUGGGAACGUGGUUCACUUGCCGAGAUAGUUUCUUUGAUGAGGAUGAUUACCACCAACUACUCUACAAUUGCUUGAGACCGGAGAACUCGCAUACCAUCACGGAGCGCAUCCAGUUGGUUGACCCGACCAUCAUUCGCCCGAAGCCCCUUUGGACAGGAAAGCAGAUCAUCACAACCAUUCUCAAGAACAUCAUGCCCCCGGGAAGAGCUGGUCUGAACAUGACGAGUAAGUCCUCGACGCCCGGCGACCGAUGGGGCGAAGGCAACGAAGAGGGAAAUGUCAUUUUCGAUGAUGGCGAGUUCCUCUGCGGUAUUCUCGACAAGAAACAGCUUGGACCUACCGCUGGUGGUCUCAUUGACUCUAUUCACGAAAUCUACGGUCACACUAUCGCAGGAAGACUGAUUGGUAUUCUUGGACGUCUCCUGACGAGAUUCCUGAACAUGCGAGCAUUCACUUGCGGUAUCGACGAUCUUCGUCUGACUAAGGAAGGUGAUCGCACUCGUAAGGAAGUCCUCAAGAAGGCUGAUGCCAUUGGUCGCGAAGUUGCGCUGAAGUACGUGACUCUCGACAACGCUAACGUACCCGAUGAGGACGCCGAAUUGCGACGACGUUUGGAGGAAGUGCUUCGAGACGAAGAGAAACAGGCUGGCUUGGAUAGCGUUUCGAACGCUCGCACCGCUACGCUGUCUACCGAGAUCACCAAGUCCUGCCUUCCGGGCGGAUUAGCGAAGCCUUUCCCGUGGAACCAGAUGCAGUCGAUGACCAUUUCUGGCGCCAAGGGUUCCGGUGUUAACGCGAACCUGAUUUCUUGCAACCUGGGUCAACAGGUUUUGGAAGGUCGCCGUGUUCCUGUCAUGAUCAGUGGUAAGACCCUGCCGUCGUUCAGGGCUUUCGACACGAACCCUAUGGCUGGUGGUUAUGUCUGCGGUCGUUUCUUGACUGGCAUCAAGCCCCAAGAGUACUACUUCCACGCCAUGGCCGGUCGUGAGGGUCUUAUCGAUACCGCCGUCAAGACCUCUAGAUCUGGUUACUUGCAGCGUUGCUUGAUCAAGGGUAUGGAAGGCUUGAGGGCCGAAUAUGAUACCUCCGUCCGAGAAGGAUCCGAUGGAUCCAUCGUGCAGUUCCUGUACGGUGAGGACGGUCUGGAUAUCACGAAGCAGGUUCAUCUUAAGAAUUUCGAUUUCUUGGCAUCGAACUACAAGUCCAUCAUGUCUCAAGUCAACCUGACCAGCGACUUCCAGAACCUAGCGAAGGAUGAAGUCACCAAUUGGCACAAGGACGCUAUGAAGGCUGUGCGCAAACACGGAGUUGAUGCCAAGGACCCCGUACUCUCUCUCUAUCACCCCGGUGGUAACCUGGGCAGUACGUCAGAAUUCUUCUCGCAAGCGCUCAAGAAGUACGAGGAUACCAAUCCCCGCGAUCUCUUGAAGGACAAGAAGAAGACCACCACCACUGGACUCAUCGGUAAGAAUGGAAUCAUCAGUAAGAAGUCAUUCAAUACUUUGAUGAACAUGAAGUAUUUGAAGUCCGUCAUCGACCCUGGUGAGGCGGUCGGAAUUAUGGCUGGUCAAUCUAUUGGAGAACCUUCGACUCAGAUGACUCUGAACACUUUCCAUUUGGCUGGUCACUCGGCAAAGAACGUGACGCUGGGUAUUCCUCGACUACGCGAAAUUGUCAUGACUGCUAGCCCCCACAUCAUGACCCCGACCAUGACCCUGGUUAUGAACGAGGAAAUGUCCAAGGAGCACUCCGAAAGGUUUGCCAAGGCAAUCAGCAAGCUCAGUAUCGCGGAGGUUGUUGACAAGGUGACCGUAUCGGAGAAAAUCUCAACCGGCAGCACGAAGGCGAAGGUCUACGACGUCGAAGUCACAUUCUUCCCGGCAGAGGAGUACACUGCGGAGUAUGCUAUCAAGACUAAGGACAUCCAGAACACGCUGCAGAACAAGUUCAUCCCCAAGCUUGUGCGACUCACCCGAGCUGCCCUCAAGAAGCGGGUUGAUGAGAAGACGGUGAAGAACUACUCGACCGCCCAGCCUGAGAUUGGUGCCUCCGUCGGCACCGUCCAGGAGGCCUCUGGUGUCGCCGAUGCGGAGGUUGACGCAGAUGAUGACGACGAAGAGGACGGAGACGAUGCCAAGCGCUCCAAGGGUUCACAGAACCGCUCGAACCAGAUCUCUUAUGAGGGCCCCGAGGACGAGGAAGUUGACAUGAUCCGACGGCUCGACGACCAGGAUGAUAGCGAGGAUGAGGACGAGGGCAGCGAUGGGACCAAGACCAAGACGGGUGAUGUUGAGAUGGCCGAUGCCGAUGACUCCGACUCCGACUCGGAGGAUGAGGAGGCAAAGGACAGCAAACUGCGGGAAGACGAUAUCCGGGGCCGGUACGCGGAAGUCACCAAGUUCAAGUUCAGUCCCAAGAAGGGCAACUCGUGUACCGUCCAGCUGCAGUACGACAUUGCGACUCCCAAGCUUCUUAUCCUGCCUCUGGUCGAGGAGGCCGCCCACAGCGCCGUCAUCCAGAAUAUCCCCGGCCUCGCCAACUGCACGUAUGUCGAUGCCGAUCCGAUCAAGGGCGAGCCCGCCACCGUCAUCACCGACGGUGUCAACCUGCUCGCCAUGCGCGAUUACCAGGACUACAUCAAGCCGCAUUCUCUCUACACCAACUCGAUCUACCACAUGCUGGCCUUGUACGGUGUCGAGGCUGCUCGUGCCACCAUCGUCCGCGAGAUGUCCGAGGUCUUCGAGGGUCACAGUAUCUCCGUUGACAACCGUCACCUGAACCUGAUCGGUGAUGUGAUGACCCAGUCCGGUAGCUUCCGCGGUUUCAACCGUAACGGCCUGGUCAAGGACAGCUCUUCGCCUCUGUCCAAGAUGAGUUUCGAAACCACCGUCGGCUACCUCAAGGAAGCCGUCAUCGAGAGAGACUUUGAUAACCUGAAGAGUCCCAGUAGUCGCAUCGUUGCCGGUCGUCCUGGAAUCGUGGGAACCGGUGCUUUCGACGUCCUUGCUCCUGUGGCUUAAGCAGCUUAAUCCAUUAAUUGUUUAGAUCGGUGUGGAUAAGUGCGUUAUGUGGGUUGUUGUAGCCUGCCUGUAUCAUUUUCUAUUAUCCUUUUCUUUUUGUUGUAUAUGUUCGUCAGCUUGAGUGAGUGAAUGACCGAGUGAGUGAGUGAUUGAUGUGUAUGUGUGUAUUUAUCUAUGCAUUUUCUUUUGUGAUUUCUUUUCCUUGUGUGAUUUUGAUGUGUCCAAUGACCUCUGGAGUUCAGUCUCAGCGGAAUUAAGAAAAAGCCUUGUUUUGUUUUCUUAUCUUUAGAUAGCAUUUUCAUACUAUACUACAAGCAGAACAAAAUUCGUGUAUUUCAUUUUG